AUGCGCUGCCUGGCUCUGCUCGCGACCCUCGGCUCCCUCACCGCCGUGCUGUGCCGGAACCUGGAGGAGAAGCUGCUCAAUGACCUGAUGACCAACUACAACCGCAACCUGCGUCCGGCCCAGCGGGAGGGGGACAUCAUUAACGUCACGCUGAAGCUCACCCUCACCAACCUCAUCUCCCUGAACGAGCGGGAAGAGACCCUCACCACCAACAUCUGGAUUGAGAUGAAGUGGUGCGAUUAUCGGCUGCAGUGGGAUCCUGACGAAUACGACAACAUCCAGAUACUGAGGGUGCCCUCCACCGAGGUGUGGCUGCCGGACAUCGUCCUGGAGAACAACAUCGACGGGGUGUUUGAGAUCACCCUGUACUGCAACACGCUGCUGGAUUCCAAAGGCUGCCUCCUGUGGAUGCCGCCCGCCAUCUACCGCACCUCCUGCGCCAUCUUCGUCACCUACUUCCCCUUCGACUGGCAGAACUGCUCCAUGGUGUUUCAGUCCCAGACCUACAGCGCCAAUGAAAUUAACCUGCUGCUGACGGUGGAAGAUGGGCAGACCAUUGAGUGGAUCGUCAUCGACCCCGAAGCUUUCACAGAGAAUGGGGAGUGGGCAAUCAAGCACCGGCCGGCCAAGAAGAUCGUGAACGCCGAGCGCUUCACCCCGGACGACUUAGGUUACCAGCAGGUCGUCUUCUACCUGAUCAUCCAGAGGAAACCGCUCUUCUAUGUCAUCAACAUCAUCGUGCCCUGCGUGCUCAUCUCGUCCGUGGCUGUGCUGGUGUAUUUCCUGCCUGCCAAAGCGGGCGGCCAGAAGUGCACGGUCUCCAUAAACGUCCUCCUGGCCCAGACCGUCUUCCUCUUCCUGAUCGCACAGAAGGUGCCUGAGACCUCCGAUGCUAUGCCUCUCAUUGGCAAGUACCUGACCUUUCUCCUGGUGGUGACGGUGGUGAUCGUGGUGAAUGCCGUCAUUGUGCUGAACAUCUCGCUGAGGACCCCCAAUACGCACUCCAUGUCGCAGAAAGUGCGGCAGAUCUGCCUGCGGCAGCUGCCCCACUUCCUGGGGAUGCACAUGCGCCGCAGGGACAUGGCCCCCCGCCCGCUGAUGGCCCGGCGCCGCAGCUCCCUGGGGCUGAUGGUGAAGGCUGACGAGUACAUGCUGUGGAAGGCCCGGACCGAGCUGAUCUUUGAGAAGCAGAAGGAGAGGGCCGGGCUGAUGAAGGCCGUCCUGGAAAAGAUCGGGAAAGGCCUGGAAAACGGGUGCUCCCAGGAUCUCUGUCACAGCUUGGUGCAGGCUGGUCCCGAGAUCCGGGCCUGCGUGGACGCCUGCAACCACAUUGCCAAGACGCUGCAGGAGCAGAACGACUUCGACAACGAGAACGAGGAGUGGAUCCUGGUGGGGAGAGUCAUCGACCGCGUCUGCUUCUUGGUCAUGGCCUCGCUCUUCGUCCUGGGGACGGUCAGCAUCUUCCUGAUGGCCCAUUUCAACCAGGCACCAGUAGUGCCCUUUCCCGGGGACCCCAAGCGCUACCUGCCGUAG